AUGGCUAGAAGGCACUCUGCAUCGAACGGUCCGGAUCAGAGCAGCAGCAACAAGAACAACUGUGGCCUAGUCCGCAAGAUGGAAGGCCCAGGACACCGACGACCGGCUGGCCAUGGGACCUAUGAUUCCGGCCUGCUUUCGCAACACAAGCAGGCCAAGCCCUUCGCAGCCUCGAUGCAUUACGCAUGUGAGAAUUUGGAACGGCAAGGCCUCGUGAGCACCAUCCGCCUGGAUCUGCUUUCUCGCAAGAAACCCCAUCAGCUUGUCCGCGCACACGCACCGCUUGGCCAACGCGCCAACCUUCAAAGUGGCAUGCUGUCGCGCGCGUGCCUGGCGAUCAUUACGUAUGAUUCCAGGGCAGAGCCUCAGCCCGCUGGCCGUCUUGCGGCUCAAAAUCGCACACAGCUUCCGGUAUGCAGGCGCGUGCGGUGCGACGGAUCAUCGAGUGGGACCCCUACGGCCGACCACUCCGGCCCGCUCGAACCAUCAUACCUCACAUACUCCGAGAGUGAUGAUGAGACAAAAGACAACUCCACUCUCUCGCACGGAAACCUCUUCUCGGUAAAUGUUCUUAUCUAG